UUCUGCUCUAUACGAUCUUAUGCAUUUAGGACCUCAUGUGAAAAGUGAUAUUCAACAGAUGAUAUUCCGCUUACUGAGUUAAUGUCAAGCGGCUAACUAUGCAUUCCCAGCCAUCCGUCAUCGUUGUUGGCGCAGGUCCCGUUGGCCUUCUUGUCGGACUGCGCCUCGCAAAAGCAGGAAUCCACACCACCAUAUUAGAACGUCUGCCUGCAAUCGAAAAUUCGCCUCGCGCAGCAGUGUAUCAGCCAGUAGCAGUGCAAGAGCUCGAUAGGGCAGGUAUCCUAGAAGCGUGCCGCGCAAUCGGAACGACGGGGAGUAAAUUGGCUUUCAGAAAACAGACAGGUGAAGUAAUUCUCGAAGUCUCUCGGGUGCCUACUCCAGAGGAGCCAUACGAGAACCUAGUUCUGGGACAGCAUGAACUGGCGCGUGUUAUUCUGGAUAAUUUCGAACAGUGCGGGACUGCUCAAGUGCUCUUCGAGCAUUUUGUCGUUGGCAUCGACCAAGAUGACACGGGAGUCACAGCUACUGUAGAGACGCCGGAUGGGACCAAGAAGCUAACAGCGUCCUAUCUUGUUGGAGCGGAUGGUGGAAGGAGCUCCGUACGGCAGUUGGUCAAUGUUCCUUUCGAAGGUUUUACAUGGCCGCAGCAAAUUGUCGCUACUAAUGUUGUAUAUCCAUUUGAUAAGUAUGGAUAUGCACCGGGGAAUAUGAUCGUGCAUAAAGACAACUACGCCGUCAUCGCAAAGCUGAACAAACAGGGACUAUGGAGAGUAUCCUAUGGCGAGUUGGGCGGUCUUUCGGAGAGAGAGCUCCGGGAUAGACUACCUAUGAAAUACGACGCGCUCCUUCCAGGACCAAGGCCCCUGCGCUAUGACUUGAGGAUGUUUUCUCCGUAUCGAAUUCAUCAAAAAUGUGCGAAAACAUUUCGCAUCGGCCGCGUCCUCCUGGCGGGAGAUGCUGCUCAUCUGUGCAAUCCGUUUGGGGGUCUGGGUCUAACAGGGGGGCUUCUCGAUGCCGGAGCUCUGGGUGAUGCUCUUAGUGCCACCAUUAACGACAAAGCGCCGGAUAGUAUACUCGACAGAUACUCUGAGGUUAGAAGGGGCAUCUUUCUCAAAGUCAUUGAUCCGGCAUCCCAGGCGAACAUUCGUCGGUUGUACGAGAACGACCCAGAGGGUAUAUAAGGACAGAUCCUUUGCUACGAGCCGUCCACAGCGCCGAUGAGAAGGAGAAAGAGAAAAUGCGAGGCAUGCAAACGUUGCGCGUGGAGCUGC